AAUAACGAUCCUUCACCAUACUUACCACCUAAUUUUCAAGGGAUGAAUCUCAUUAUUUUGAGAAUGCGGCAUAGCCUCAUAAAGGAGUUAGGGGAUAGAUUCAAGCCCAAGAAUUUGACAAUUAUGAAAUUGGAAAAUUGUGAAUUCUUAGAAAAGAUUCCGGAUCUUUCAAGCCUCUCAAAUUUGAAGGAAUUGGCUGUCCUAUUUUGUACAAGAUUAGUUGAGGUGCAUGAUUCCGUUGGAUGUUUGGAAAAUCUUUCUAUGUUGGAUUUUUUUCAUUGCUCUAAACUCCGAAUCUUUCCAAGAAGCCUCAAUUUGAGAUCUUUAUGCUAUCUUGGUCUUCAGGAUUGCCCAAGCAUUCGUUAUCUUCCUGAAAUCGAGUGUAAAAUGGAAUCUUUAAUUGAAUUGAAUCUAUGUGACACCGCAAUAGAAGAGCUACUUUUAUCCAUCAGGAACCUCAUACGACUCGAGUCUUUAUAUUUAAGAGGCUGCAAAAACCUUAUGCAUCUCCCAAUUGCUUGCAUUGGGCUGCAACAUUUACGUUGGCUAGAGAUUGGUGGUAAUUGUCCAGAUUUUGUACAGAAGAUGAUAGAUGAUGGGCUAUCCCUUGUGGCUAUUGAGUAUACAAAAAUGGAAGAGGAGAUAUCAUUACUUGAAGAACGACUCCAUAAAUUGGUGUCUCCAACAAAUUCAAGCAAUGGGAGCACUGGAUUACAAUUGUUGAAUCUUCAAAAUUGUUUCCAAUUAGAAACAAAUUUCUUUCCAAUAUCUAGUUUAUUUACCAUAUUUAACUCCUCCGCCAGUUUGCGUCAUUUAUAUCUAUCUUCCACUUAUCUUGUUUGCCGUCUCACGAGCAUCAAAGAUAUUAUGAGCCUCGAAUCUCUUUCCUUGAGCUAUUGUUGUAAACUUGAAGAAAUACCAGAGCUUCCACCAAAUAUAAGAGAAGUAUAUGUUAGGGGAUGCAAGUUAUUAGAAAUAUUUUGGGAAGUAUUAAAAAUAUUGGAACUCAAUGGAAGCCACAUCAAAUCGCUACGAAGAACUGAUUUGGACCGCUGCUACAAAAUGCUUGAAAAUAUAUGGAAUGAUAGAGUGCAAAUUCCUUUAUUGUGGAAGGUAUGUAUGUAUGUGUGAUCUCAUUUUUUAGUAGUAUGUAUGGCUUAAAUUAAAUUGAUGAUGAUAUUUGAGAUUUAACAGGGAGUCUAUGAAUAUGAUGUUACUUUGUCUCCGAAAAAUCAAAUUCAAGAGUGGUUGAGUAAUAUUAACGAGUUUUUAAAAGAUAAUGGAAUGGUGAAGGGGCCAAAUGAUUAUGUUAGACCAAGGGGAGAAGAAGAGUGGGUAAUAGAUAUCGAGGGGCUACACAAUUUGGGGGAGAUAAACGGAAUUAUACUAUAUAUCGUAAUACUUUUUAAAGAUGCUUCAGUGGAUGGUACAAUUGAUCAUACUAAUGCUAAGAUAACCAGUAAGAGGUCAGAUCAUGUAUGCUGUAUUGAAGGGGUACAAUUGGUUGAUAAAGGUUGGUACCACAAGGGAAAUAGGAUUGGAUAUGCUGUAUGGGUGGGGUACUCCAAUUUACAAUCUUUUAAACUACCGAUUUUGAAAAAUUUGCUAGUUCAAUUUGAUCUUCGGUGUAAAGGGAUGGUGCGGUUUUAUAAAAGUUGCAAAGCCAAAGUGGUAUACAAGAAUGAAAGUAAGUCGCCCUUUUUCCUUUGAUUUUCAAGUAAUAUUUUUUGACUCUCUACCUAUUAUAAUUUCCUCCUCUCUAUGUAUUAUAUUUUUUUCCCUUUCACUUUGUACAUUUAAUUUUGUUUCUGGGAUGAUGAUUUUGUUUCACUUACAGGCAUUUCAUAGUCGAUGCCAUGGUGCUUCUUCGAAGAUUCACAAUGUAUUGCUACGAAAAACAUAGCUUCAUUUGGUAUGUACAUUUAAUUUUACUUGAAUCUCUGUGUUGUUUUUGAGACAUUGCCCUGUUUUAGGCCCCAAUAAAAACAUAGCUUCACUUGGUAUUCUUUUUUGCACUUCAAAUUUGGUAUUCUUCAAAGCCAGAUAAUAGAAGAGCAUGAAGAGAGAGUGAAAAAUCAUCCACGUGUGCUGCAUGAAGAUGGAUGUUUCGGUGGAAUCUUCAAAUUUUGUUUUCUAUUCCCUAGUUUUAUCAACAACCAAACUGUGGAUGGGGAGACGGAUGAACAUGAGGAGAUUGAAUUAGAGCAAUGAAUGCAUUGGAUGAAUAAAGUUAGAACUAUACGUUUGCCUUUUGUUCCAAAGGUUGAACUGUACUAGUUUUUAGGUAAAUAUUGCUAUGCUAUCAUGGUCUUGUUCCAUUUUAUAGUUUUUCUGCGUUUUAGCAUUCUAGGCACAAAUUCAUCACCAAUGAUAAAUGAUUUUGAUGUUCGAAGUUCGUAGUAGGCAUAUUCCAAGGUUUCAUUUUGUCUUUGGAUUGUGUAUUUUGUAGACUUUGUGUGAUUUGGAAAUUCAAAAGGCUGCAACUUCCACUUUGAACACCAUUGAGUUUCAAGGUUUAUAGGGAAUUUGAAAUUAAUGGGAUCCUGUGUUAGAGUGACAUUAGAAGAAUUGCCAUAUGUGUGGUUAGUCAUGUUCUUUGGAAAAAAUAACCACACUGGUACUGGAAAGAAAAGAGAUUCAUGGAUUUCAACAUUGAACAACAUAAACUUGCACGGUUUUGGAAUACAAAGUUACCGAUUAUCAUAUUUAACAGGACGACGAAUAUUUUUGUUCUUUUUAAUUAAAUAAACUUGCAUCGUAUUGGAAUUUUAGACUUUGGGUACUUCUUUAUCAAUUUCCAGACAUGGGAAGAGCAUAGAAUGAUUUUCAUAAUCAUCUGUUUCAACAAGCAUGUGUGCUAAAACAGAGUAAAGUCAAUUGUUGUGGAUCAAAUUGAUCAUUUUAAACAAAUUGUCUAACUGGAUUUCUAGGAGAUUUCUUACACAACCUGCUCAUGGAAAUCCUGUGAGAUUGAAAGUUCCCUAAGAAUGUUGAUGUUGAGAUUGACGAUUCAGUGGCCUCAAUCGAUGGUAUUCAAGUUUCUAAGAGGCACCGUGACGGUGAUGAUUACAACUUGGAAUCCAAUUGGUACCCACAAAAGAGGAGGCCUUUUCCAAGUUUGAGCAUCAAGAAUUCAGAUUUAGAUGAUACACUACUCGAUUAAUCACAACUAAAUGGAUCAAAAUCACUCCCAGUACUAAAAUCUGCUGGGUUAGCUACGAGUACUCAAAUCUCUCAGCACCAAGAAUGACACACUGAUUUUGUGAUAGAAUUGCUGGUGCUGCGUGUGAUUUUAUUCCAUUUAGUUUUCUUUGGAAGGAAGUUGCUCAUUUUUCGUUUA